AUGGACAACCAUACACAAGAAACAGAUGCGCCUGUGGCCAGUGCUAAGGCCACAGACGAGACAGCAGCAUCUGCCGUGAAUGAUAGAGACACUCUCCAAGGAUUACUACAAAACUAUUUCGACAAGCACACAGAGCUUCAGGCACUCGCUCGCAACAACUCAAUGGCUCGUAUCGGUAUCCGCUUAGAUUCGCGCACUUUGGAUCUGGACAAUCUUUCAACACUCGGCCCUUACAAUGAUCUGCUUGCUUCAAGCCAGAAGUGCCUCGCGCAUCAAGUGGAUUAUAACGCACGAGAGAGAGUCAUCUACGCUAAACUCAAGGAUAUCAUGGCACUGGAAGCCGAAAUCAUGGCCAACUAUCCCUCCGAGCUGGAGAGUGUUGGUGUUCACACCAGAGUAACGUUCGAAGCGAAGAUGAAGUUCACGUCGGGUCUCCGCAUCGAGUGCCUCAGGAACUACUGGGAGGAUAUCUCAAGGCGCCCGAAGCUGCGUUCCGAGUCUAUCCAUCGGAAGAUCUUCGCCUUCGAUCCGCUUCGAAGCUUGUCAACCAUACCCACGAUCUCAUCCCGGUCGCCUGCAUUUCUAGACACACUAUCUACGGCGAUGAACACCCACGAUCUUACCGACGGAGAUACUGGUUCAGCAACUUCAAGCACCCACGAUCUCUCAACCAGAAUGACCGGCGCCGAGAAUCAAACCAAUCUCAACCUCGGUGACAACACCCUUCACCAACCAACCUCAAUGUCUUCAGAAGCCAAGAAAAUUCGCUGCACCGAGAUCAAAGAACAGAUCAUGAAACUGGAGCAAGAGAUCCUCGCCAACACCGUCGAAUGCAGCCGCCAGUUCUGUCAGUUCGACAAGUACAACCGCCGCUACCUCAGACUGAGAAAGAGAAUGGGAGACAUGGCUCAACCCGUGAUCUUGGACACGAACAACGAGAGCCGACUUCGAAAAGCCAACAUCUUGCUUACCCUCGACCUUGACAGAGUCAAAGCCUUCUCGGCCGCUACAAAGGGUCUGAGAAGGGAAUUCGAGAUUGUGGAAGAGAUCAAGGAGCUUUUCGUUGAGAUGGCGGGAUUGAAGGGUGUCGUGGAGACCCCUGAGUACCAAGAAGCGCUCGAUGAUAUCCACGCAAAAAUCGAGACUCAGCACGAGACACGCAGAAUCAUUGGACGCCAUUUGCUCGAGUUGGUUCGCGGAAGAGGCGGUAAUUAG